UUCUUUUGAAAUAUGCCUCGCGGUGUACCAUGUGUGUGUGUGUUUUUACCAGUGUCUCACGGAGCUACCGAUAUGACCCUAUCACAAGGAGGUCAUCACGAUACUCCUUUCUCACAGUCUGAGCUUAUCAGCAGCAAAGGUUACCCUGUGGAAGAUUACGAGGUGACAACCACCGACGGCUUCGUCCUCAAAAUUCAGCGCAUACCUCAUGGGAAGGAAGAUCCCUUAUGCCCUCCAAAGAAGAAUCGCAAGGAGGUUGCUUUCCUGCAACAUGGCCUCCUCGGAUCGUCCGCUGACUGGGUGAUUAACUUUCCGAGUCAGAGUCUAGGAUUCACCCUGGCCGAUGCUGGCUAUGACGUUUGGUUGGGAAACGUCAGAGGAAAUACCUAUUCACGUCACCUUCAUUACACGAGGGAGGACAGUGAGUUCUGGAACUUUAGCUUCGACCAAAUGAUUGAGUACGAUCUCCCAGCUACGCUGGCCUUCGUUCUCAAGGUCGCUGGCGCGAACAAGUUACACUACGUUGGCCAUUCCCAGGGAACCCUAAUAAUGUUCGGGUUGUUGUCAGAACGGCCCAAGUACAAGGAAAAGAUCAAGCUGUUCACAGCGCUGGCACCGGUGACUACAUUAAUCUACGCAAGAUCGCCCAUCCGCCUCCUUACUCCGUUUGCUGAAGAGAUCAGCCUACUCCUGCGCCUGCUUGGGAAUGAAGGCUUUUUAACGAACGACCAGAUCAUAAAGUUGUUCGCCGAUAUUGUCUGUACAGUGGACGCUACCAAGCCCGUAUGUGAGCUUCCACUCACAAUCCUCUACGGUAGCAACCCCAAGCAACGGAACGAGACCCGCUUGCCCGUGUAUAUAAACCACAUCCCAGCUGGUACAUCAGUUAAGUACUUGGUCCAUUUUGCGCAAUUGAUCAAGCAGAAGGCUUUCCAGAAAUUCGAUUAUGGGCCAGAGAAGAAUAAACUCAAGUAUGGUCAAGCGCGCCCUCCGAGAUACGACGUGUCCAAAGUGGCUGCACCUGUGGCGCUCUACUGGAGCCAAAAUGAUUUGUUCGCCGAUCCUAAGGACGUGUCUCUGCUCAGAAGCAAGCUUCCAAACGUUGUCUUAUAUUACCGGGUGCCGGACAAACAAUUCACGCACUUGGACUUUGCCUACGGCAUACACGCCAACAGAAAUUUAUAUCCCGUUGUGCUCAGGACACUCCGAAAUCACGACUAGUAUAUGUGGUAUUCACCACUUUGUUGUUUCCAACUACAAAUUGUGAAAGAAACUUGUGUCUGUGUGUAACUGUAAUGUGGCUGUAACGUGACUGUAACGUAACUGUGACGUUAACUGUAACCCACUUUAUUUUGCUGGUUGGCCGCACGGCGGCGCCAAUCUUUUCCGGACUGGCCCUUUUCUCCCUUUUAUCUCGUUUUCCAACAUCAACGCUUCAUCUUCUU